AUGUGAUGCCAGGCACGCAGUUUCUCUCUAAAGGUCUCAUACUCCGUGCUGUUUGGCUAUGUGGCCAGACUCCGUCCGUGGUGUCUUCCAUAAAUACAGUUACAGCCACUGAGAGAAGGAGCCAUGACCUUCGUCUUCACAGUCCUGCUCUAUCUGGGGCUGUGCCUGGGCAGACAGACUCUAGUGUUGGCAGGGAAUCCCCCCAAGCCAACCCUCAGCGUUCAGUCAGGAUCAGUGGUUGCCAGAGGGAAGCAGGUAACCAUCUCAUGUGAGGUGACCACAGGAGCCCGGGAAUUCCGUCUUUACAAAGAGGGGGGUCCACAUCCCUGGCGCACAAAGAACACACUCGAGGCCACAAACAAGGCUGAGUUCUUGAUCCCAUCAAUUGAACAACAACAUGGAGGGAGGUAUCGAUGUUACUAUAAGACCCCUGCUGGGUGGUCAGAGCACAGUGACCCUCUGGAGCUGGUAGUGACAGGAUUCUAUAGUAAACCCAGCCUCUCUGUCCAGGCCAGAACUGUGGUGACCUCAGGAGAGACUGUUACCCUUCAGUGUGGCUCACAGCUGGGAUUUAGCAGGUUUGUCCUCACUAAGGAAGGAGAACAGAAGCCUUCCUUGAUCCUGGACUCAGUGUUUAUGAACUCUACUGGGCAAUUCCAGGGCUUGUUUCCUGUGGCCCCUGUGAACUCCAGCCAGAGGUGGACAUUCAUAUGUUACGGCUAUCAUGUGGCCAGCCCCCAGGUGUGGUCAGAACCCAGUGACCCCUUGGAAAUAAAUGUCUCAGGAGCAGUUCAGCCCCUUGAGCAAUCACCAAACAUCUCAAACUCCAAGGCAGGCUCACAGGCCCAGGAUUACACAACGGAGAAUCUCAUCAGGAUGGGGAUGUCUGUCUUGGUCCUUGUACUCCUGGGCAUUCUGCUGUUUGAAUCUCAGCGCAGCCGAAGACCCGCCCGACACACAGCCAGGAGAGAAAAUAGUGCAUCUGUCAAGGUGGCAGAAACAUGAAAAUAAAUCUGAGGAUCUCAGGUGGUUCUGGGACAGAAGGUGGAGAACCAUUUUCAGACACUAUCCAGGGAGCAAAUGUGAUUCGAAUGCAGGGAAACAUCUGGGUAUCAUGUUUGUUUGUUUGUUUUUCUAGACAGGGUUUCUCUGUAUUGUUUUGGAGGCUGUCCUGGACUCACUCUGUAGACCAGGCUGGCCUUGAACUCACAGAAAUCCUCCUGCCUCUGCCUCCUGAAUGCUGGGAUUAAAGGUGUGUUCCACCUACGCCCGGCAACGUCUGGGUGUUGUGGUGGAGAGGUCUUCUACAGCAAAUCAUGUUAACCUCUUCACCCACAUCAGCAGUUCUCAGCCCCCUUUGGGGGGGGAUUGCAUAUCAGAUAUCCUGCAUAUCAGACAUCUACAUUACAACUCAUAGCAGUAGCAAAAUUACAGUUAUGACGUAGCAGAGAAAAAUAAUUUUAUGGUCUGAAGGUCACCACAACACGAGGAUCUGUAUUUCAGGGUCACAGCAUUACAAAGAUGGAGAACCACUGACCUAGAUGUAUACUUUAGCUGACUAUCCCCUCUUUCUUCCCACCUUUAGUGAUUCAGGGGAGGGAUAACCCUGCCCCAAAAGUUGGGUCCUCACCUUCAUGCAUCUUCUGUUUUUCCUCUCUCUCAUUUUCCUUUAUUACACGCUACCACAUUCCCCGCCUGGAUCGCGAGCCUCCAUCUCCUCUACUGAGAACAAAGACCUUGGCUGAAACAGCAAAAAUAAUGCCGAACAAUCAGAUUCCAGAUUGGAAAACAAGAUCUGAAUGUGUGUGGUGACCCAGUACUGUCUCUUGAAUCCUCAUCUCUCAAUGCAUGUCCUUUGUGUAGUUUUCUUGAAACAUGGAGGCUUGCAACCAACACACCUGUAUUUGAAGGAACUUUCUGGUGGGGUACAGCUGGCAUGGCUUUGAAAAUAUAAUUUUCCAUUGAUAAUUAAAGAAGAAGAGGUCAUGAGUGUGAGAGAGUGUGGGGCGACAUGGGCAGAGUUGGAGGAGAAAGAGGAAGGGGAAGAAAUUAUGUAAAUACGGUACUCAUAAAAUUUGGAAAAAAUUAAAUAACUUCUCCCACAAUCGUGGUGCACAUGGUCUUGCUUAAUUACUUUAUAGACAGCUUCAUAACACUACUGAAUGUUAUUUAUUUCAGUUUAGACUUGAUGUAUGAAACAGUAUUUUUAAAUUUCAAAUUCCAUUAUUUACUGCUAGUAUUUAUAAAAAUAGCUGGCAUGUAAAUGGAUCAGUCUUGGACAAGUUUGUUAUAAGUGCUGAUUCAUUCCAUGAAGUCUUUUUAUUUAUUAUUAUUACUAUUAUUAUUAUUUGUUUUUUUUUAGAUUGAGUU